AUGUUAGAACCUUGGCAACUAUCAACGCCCAAAUCUGUGGACAUAGGUAAACGGUGCUUAGGCUCAACAGAAACUGGGAAGUUCAGAUCCACAACGAAUAGGGCUGAUGAAUUGCUGUAUUUCAGCAAGAAAGUUCACCGGUUUGCUCGACAGCGAAUCUUCGUCUUAGCUCAAGAACUGGCGGAGGAAGGGGAAGACGCCGACUGGUCUAAAUUGGUUAUUCAAGUAGACAAGUACCGAGACAGAUUGUUGCAGGCGUGGAAGGCCGGAAAUGACGAGUUGGGUGCAGAAAACCGACCUCCUUCAUGGAGUUUCUGGGGCAGUCUCUAUUAUUGCAUCACUCUCUUCACCACAAUAGGCUAUGGCAAUGUGUUUCCCAGUACAAACACAGGGAGAAUCGUGACAAUUUGUUACGGGUUAAUCGCUAUUCCACUAUGCACAAUGGUGAUUAAUCGAAUCUCCAAGGUGAUAGCACGAAUUCUCAAGGCCAUUUAUUUAAUGACCUUAGAUAACAGUGGGAUUCCGGUUGGUCUAAGAGAUGCCUAUCAUCGAGCAGGAACAGAUUUCGACUUUUCGGUGAGUUCAACCUUGAUUCCAACACAGACUAAUGCAUAUAUCAACAUCGUGAAACUCCAUCUGUCGAAAUGA